GGAUGGAUGUCUUGGUGUCUAUCGUUGGCCUUAUGGUCAUAGUGUUGAUAUAUACUUUGAUCGGAGGAUUCACAGCCGUCAUUUGGACAGAUGUUUUGCAGUCCGUUCUCAUGUUUGGUGGCAUAUUUGCAGUUCUUAUCAAGGGUACAAUGGAUGCCGGGGGCCUGACGAAGACAUGGCAGACAAUAAACAAUAAGGGACGAGUUAACUUGUUGGUGCUUGAUCUGGAUCCAACAACCCGACACACUUUCACGAACCUUGUCUUUGGAAGUAUCAUCUCACAUUUAGGCGCCCCAUUCUCCCAAACUACAUAUCUGCGGAUUAAGGCUACACCAAAUGUAAAGACAAGUAAGAGAAUGUAUCUCCUCGCCGGGUUUCUGUCCCUCGUGAUACGCGUCUUGGCUGGUAUGUGUGGAGCUAUCGCAUUUGCUUACUUCUACAACAAAGGAUGUGAUCCCUUGGCUUCCAAGCAGCUAGAUAAUGCAAACCAGCUGAUGCCAGCUAUGGUACUAGAUGUAUUCCAGGAUACGCCUUGUUUGCCUGGGCUCUUUCUGGCAGCUCUAUUCUGCGCCUCUCUCAGCACUCUUUCCUCAGUACUGAGCAGUAUAAUGGCAGUGUUUUGGGUCGAUUUUGUGAAGCCAUAUACCAAGUCUAGGUCAGAGAGACGAGGGAUUCUCAUUAACCAACUUUCAGGAUUGGUGUUUGGCGUUGUUGGCAUAGGAAUGGCACUGAUGGUGUCCGAGAUUGAAGGUCCCGUUGGACAGAUAUUUAGAACUAUCACUGCUAGUUUCUCUGGUGCGCUAACAGGGAUAUUCCUUCUUGGAUUUAUUGUACCCUGGGCUAACAAAUUGGGUGCUAUCGUCGGUGGAGCGGUCAGUGUAGUUUUAGUUGCCUGGAUCACGAUUGGCAAAAUGACUUCGUCAGGAACAAGGAGGAGCCCAAUAUUGGAACCAGCUCCGAUAGAUAACUGUCCGCUCUACAACGCUUCCUCUGUCCCUUUAUACGGCACCGACCUAAUGUCCACAGCAGCCUAUGACAUUGACGUCACGUUACGGCCUGAUAAUGUCAUCCAGGAACCACACGGUUUGGACCUCCUCUAUUCUCUCUCCUAUCGAUGGCUGGAACCCAUUGGUAUCAUAACUGUCCUCCUCAUCGGCUCUCUUGUCAGUCGUCUGACUAAAAAUCCAGAAACGACCGUGGCUCCUGAACUAGUCAUACCUGUCUGCGACCUCCUCUGCCGUUGUAUUCCAGCAACUUUCAGGGAGCGAAUUUGUGGGGAUAAAAACCAUAAUCUACACGAUGACAAGACUGACGAGAGAGCCGAUGAGGAGGACAGUAAUGAUACCAAUUGGUUCCAGGUAAUGAAAUGA